GGUUUCCCAAAGUUUUGAACUUGUUUGAUUUUCGUGUCUCAGUUGUGCAAGAUUCAGGUACCCUUGAUCCGUACGCAGAUGAUUCUGUACACUGCACUAGGAAAAUGGUGACUGAUUUUAAAUUCUUUAAGCUGAACCGACAGCUGCGUGCUUGGGAGGAGGUUAAGAGUUUUGGAAGAUUAGAUGGUGUCAGGGGAAAUCUAGGCGAUACAUUUUUCGGUGUAUUUAACCUAGUGGAUAGGAAGGGAGGGCCGCUGGCAUCAUAUCCUGGAUAUUCUAAGAUAUUCUGGCCACCGCCAGCUUGGCUGCAGUCAGGUCCAUCCUCUUCAAUUGUAAUUAGAGGAGAGAUGGGAAAGAACAAUAAGAGAAAGAAAGAAAGAAGGAAAUCCCCAAUUGUAGAUUGCCUUUUGAUGCUACAAGCCUCGGGCAUACACAUAAAAGGGUAUAAACAAGGCGGUGUGUUUAGAUUCAGUCACUCUGUCUUUGCUAGAAGCAAAUCUGUGAAACCUCCCCCUUUACCCAUAGCAUAUGAGCUUUUUAUAUGCCAACAUAUGCUUCUUCGUUUUGUUUUCAUCUUUGAUACUAGUUCUUAUUGGCAUGUAUGGCCUGUAUAGAAGUCUUGGCAUAUGGGGUAGGCGGUUCUUUAGCUUUGUACAUAUUACACGGCUUGUUUAGUUAAUGAAAGUAUUUCUAUUUG